AUGUAUCGCAGAGUGCAAAUAUUGGUGAUCUUGGGCCUCAUUUGCGGCUGUCUGGCACGCAUUCCCAAUCUUCGCCGAGUGGUUGGAGCAGGACGCAGUGGCUUAGAUGUGGAUGUGGAAGAACCAAUUGGACCACAAAUUUUAAUAUAUUCCCCAAGCGAAGCCACUGCUAGAUCCGAUGACCAGGAGCCUACUUUUCAUGAACCUCAGAUCAGAGAGGAAGUAACAGACCUCGAAUCUGAGAAAGACAGUCGCAAAGUUCCGGACUACCUAUACUCCAAUGCCAUUCCCAUGGUCAAUGAUCAGAAUGUGAAGUAUGUGGUUCCCCAAGUCGCUGCCUAUCCCGUGGCCUAUGGUCCCCAGAUAAUCUCCAGCAAGACUGCCAUUAACCAAAACCAAGGAAAUGGUCUCUCCUAUGUUGUGGUGCCUCGUGUCCAAUUGGGUUUCAAUGUCCAGGGGCAGUCUGGGCUCAACUGGCCUGGUCUGAAUCUGCUUCCCACAAAUCUGGGCAGUGAAUCCACAGCCGCUGAGAAAGAGGAGGCUUUGCCACCCACUGCUUACAUUCCCAUUCCUGUGCCCGGCCCUCCAGGCCCACCCGGACCACCUGGUCAACGAGGACCACCCGGACCCCCAGGGCCUAGGGGACCUCGAGGACCUGCCGGUGAAUCUGGCGUUAUUUCAGCUCAGAAGCCUCAAAGCAUUUGGUACACCCAAGCCGGCAGCAGCAACAAUAAUCUCAACAACAAGCCUCAGUAUAAUACUCCGUUUUCUGGUGGAUAUCAGAGUUAAGCACGGAUAUAAAUAAAGGAAAUAAAUGAAAAUUGUGAGUCAAAGAGGGUAUUGGGGAAUCUUCUAGGUGAAAACUAGUUAGGAACUUAGAAAUUUUU